AUGUACCACCCACGAGAGUUGUACCCCUCCUUGGGGACUGGCUACCGCCUCGGACCCCCCCAGCCUGGGGCAGAUUCCAGCUUCCCGCCUGCCCUGGCAGAGGGCUACCGCUACCCUGAUCUGGACACUCCCAAACUGGAUUGCUUCCUCUCUGGGAUUGAGGCUGCUCCCCGAACUCUGGCUGCUCCCCCACCUCUACCCCCGCUGCCCCCAGCCCUGGGCACUGAGCCGCCACCCCCUUCAGCCCCAGAGGGCCUUCAUUCACUCCCUGGAGUCAGCCUGAGCCUGGAGAACCGGGAGCUGUGGAAAGAGUUCAACUCCGUGGGAACAGAGAUGAUCAUCACCAAAGCUGGGAGGCGCAUGUUCCCUGCUUGCCGAGUAUCAGUAACUGGCCUGGACCCCGAGGCCCGCUACCUGUUUCUUCUGGACGUGGUUCCGGUGGAUGGGGCUCGCUACCGCUGGCAGGGCCGGCGCUGGGAGCCCAGCGGCAAGGCAGAGCCCCGCCUGCCUGACCGUGUUUACAUUCACCCGGACUCCCCUGCCACUGGAGCCCACUGGAUGCGGCAGCCUGUGUCUUUCCACCGAGUCAAGCUCACCAACAGCACGCUGGACCCCCAUGGCCACCUGAUCUUGCACUCCAUGCAUAAGUAUCAGCCCCGCAUACACCUGGUGCGGGCCGCCCAGCUCUGCAGCCAGCACUGGGGGGGCGUUGCCUCCUUCCGCUUCCCGGAGACCACGUUCAUCUCCGUGACAGCCUACCAGAACCCACGGAUCACACAACUGAAGAUUGCAGCCAACCCCUUUGCCAAGGGCUUCCGGGAGAACGGCCGAAACUGUAAGAGGGAACGAGACGCCCGUGUGAAGAGGAAACUGCGGGGCCCAGAGCCAGCAGCCACAGCGGCCUAUGGGAGUGGAGAUGCUCCAGGUGGUCCCUGUGAUUCCACACUGGGUGGGGAUGUUCGGGAGUCAGAUCCCGAGCAGGCCCCAGUACCUGGGGAAGCUGCCCGUGCCCCAGCUCCUCCCUGUGGUGGCCCCAGUGCUGAGGCCUACCUGCUGCACCCUGCCGCUUUCCACGGAGCCCCCAGUCACCUUCCAACCAGGAAUCCCAGCUUCCCGGAGGCUCCAGACUCUGGGCGCCCAGCCCCCUAUUCAGCCGCCUUCCUGGAGCUGCAGCCUGGACCAGCAGGCUCAGGAUAUCCAGCAGCAGCACCCCCAGCAUCCUUUGCCUCGCACUUCCUCCAAGGGGGCCCCUUCCCCCUGCCCUACCCUGGGCCUGGGCCUUACCUGGAUGUGGGCUCCAAACCAAUGUACUGA